CGCUAAGACAGCAUUUACUAAUCCCACUAUCGUGGGCCUUGGCCUAAUUCCUUGUAUCAUGAUUCAACAUGUUCAUAGGUCGACACGCUCCAAGUGGGCGUUUAAGAUAAUGCGACUGGACUCAGUUUGUUACAUAUUGUUUGUGUCUAACGCGUCAUUUACCAUUGCUAGAGCUACCCCCGAACACAUUGUUUCGUUACAGACGGUUGACUUUUCAGCCCAGAUUAGAGGAGCAGAAUGGACUUCUACGUCUGAAGUUCAAUCAGAUGCAUCAGUACUGGGGUAUCUAGUUGUUACGGAUGUCAAGGGCUAUUGUCAUAUUUUGAGUAUAAAACAGAAACAGCUGCAAGAGUUUGAAGCAGAAUCUGCUUGUACAAUUCGUAUUGAUAUGUUACGUCUGUUGAACAAUGACGAGCAACUUGGAAAGAGUAUCAGCUCUUCCAUCAACACUCGUACUUUGGCUAUAAGUGCUUGGACGAAUUCAAUACUGUUGAUGCAGCCUAACUAUCAAGAAAACAAACUAUCUGCAUUCUUAGACUUAAAUUUACAGGGUACCAUACUCUACACGACCUUCCUAUAUCCUCAAGCAAAAAUGAAGGAAAGUGACAUCCUCGCUGUACUCUUCCUUGACACAAAAGCAACACCACGGAUAGCAUUGUUUGUUUGGAGUCAGGGUUUCUGUGCAUCCACAAGUACCUCUUAUUCGCAAUACACUAUACCCGUUCCUAAUGAUUUUUCCCUCUGUUCUCAUUUCGUUUCCUGCCCGAAUAUCCCCGAACACUUUAUUGUGGUUCUCGAAACUCGAAUGUGUCUUUUAUCCGUAUCACAAAUUGAAUGCGGCGACUUACAGUUUUUGUCAGAAGAUCUUCCACAGGUUGAAGAUGAUGCAUUAGUCGUUGCUUUUGAACCCGACCUUUCAUCAACGAAUGUGUAUCUUUUGGCGUUUGACAAUGGAGACAUCUUUCGAGUUCGUACUUCUGUCGUUUCUAUUGAUUACUUAUACUGUGGAAAGAUUAACAACCCAGCAACCUCUCCUUUGGUCCCAUUAAGUCCAUAUCUCCUAGCUACUGGUGACGGUUGCGACGGUGGAUUUUACGAAAUUCAAGGAGACAAGGUCUCUUUGUUGUACGAUAUUCCCUGUUGGGCUCCCGUUUGGGAUUUCGUCUGUUUAAAAGCCCGUAAUGGCACGGUACUCAAUGGUGACUUGACGCAGUCAUCCAUUGUCACAGCCAGUGGUAUAGGGAAAUCUGGUGCCUUGUAUCAACUGCGUUACGGAAAAAGACUAUAUCCAGUUCUUGAAGCUACACUGACUUUUGGAGCGACGCUCAUGCGAAUGUUUCAAGCUAGUGAAGAUGAGAGUUAUUGUUGGCUUAAUUAUCCUUGGCAGACGCAGAUCUUAAAGGUGUCACAGGACGGUGCCGUGGAAGAUGUUACGGAUGAGUUGCAUUUUGAGGUUUCAACUUCUUUAUUAGUACUGUGCUUUUCUGGUAUUUUUAUUCAGAUUACAAAAAAUGCUAUUCACAGGUGUUGUUUUGGUGAACAACCUUUUGCAAUACUUCAAGCAGCACAAGAUUCCGAAUUUGUUAUAUCGUUCUCUUCGCCAAGUUCUCUGUUUAUUGUUGAACAGAAGGAGGGUGGCUCUUCCGUUGGAAAAAUUCUCUCGCUGAAACGAAAUGAUUCCUUACACUGCAGUUUAACUGAUGUUACUAUUCCUAUUUUCGCCGAAGUACUCUGUGGAUGUAUCAUUUCAAUGAACAAUACUGAAAUUGUGGUAACCGGUACAGCAGACAGUCACCUUUCGUUUCAUUCUAUCACCACAGAAGGGGUUCGAUUAAUUAACAAAUUCCAGUUGCAUGAAGAUGGUUCCGUCCACGAAAUCGUGGAAAACGAUGUCUUCUUACCCAUUAGUGUGUCUUACCUUAGAGAAACUGAAAACGAGGCUACAGUUCUAACUUCUACGAAGAAUGGCUAUCUGGUUUGCUUUCGUGUUAUCAUGAUAGAUAUGACUAAUGUUCAAGUCAAUUUCGUCAGUAGAGAGCGGUUUCAAACACUUCCAUUGAUGUUGCAAGCAAAUAUGGGUGAACAAAGCUCUCUUUAUGCUUGGCAAGGAUCUAUCUAUUCAAUCACAAAAAAUAGAAAAGCCGACGACAGUUCAUUUUUGUCAAUAAUUCCUGUUAUUGGGCCCGAAACCCUUCAAAAUAUUCAUGGUGUUUGUCCUUUCUCACCUUUUCCCGAUUCUCUUGGACAGCAAAUGAUUGCAUUUUUUUCGCAAGAUUCACUUUACGUAUCAGAAGUCCAAGUUCAAGAAGACACAAUCGCCCGGAGAUUCCCCGUGAGUGCAACCCCUCGCCGCUUACUACAUGAUAAGUUUACGAAUACACUUGUUGUUGGGUGCUGUCAUAUCCCCAUACUUAAUGCUGAAACAUCCGAUUUAUAUUUUUGCGAUGCGAACACAUUUGAGAAUGUCUCAAAGCCGUGGCCAUCAACAGACUUAAAGGGCAAAACCAUUUUCAAACCCGGUGAAACCAUCUAUUCCAUGUGCUUUUGGACUGUUCGUGGUAUUAACCAUAAAAAGUAUCGUCAUCUGUGCAUAGGAACUGGCUUAGAAAAAUCCAAAAAUGGCAAUGGUCGAGUUCUUAUUCUAACGCUCUCUAAACCUGAUGAUCAUCCGACCAUUGACAUUCGCCAUGUGAUCACUGUGUACACUGAACAACCAGUGCUUAGCAUAUGCCCUGUUGGUGAAUAUGCUCUCUGUUACUCCGCUGGUAAGACGUUAGGUUUAAAAGUGCUUGAUGUGGUCCAAAAGAAAUUCAGCAAUGGUGACUGUACACUCAACCUCCGUUCUAUGGCAGUCUCGUUGUGCUCGUACAAGAACUACAUUUUUGCAACGACGGUGCGCGACUCUGUCUGUGUCGUUGAAUAUAUCCCAGAAACAAAUGUGCUAAAGCUUGUGAGCACAGACACUGUUCCAAGAAUGGGUGUCGACAGUUACUACUUAUCACAAACCGACACCCUAUUUGGAUGUGAUAAGUUGAAUGUUUUGACUGUUUAUGACUGUAACAUGAAGCCAAAAGAUGACAGGCUCAAGUCGCUAGGUCUACAGGUUGUCUUGCAACAAGAAAGACAACUGUGUACUCUAACAAACAAGUUGAAGUACACUGUUUUGAUGAAGAGUUCCAAAGGAGAAGCCCAAUGGGGCAUCUUGGCCGGCACCAUUAGUGGUGAUAUUUACAAGCUAUUUAUUAAAUGACAAGUGUUCUAACUAAAAAAUAAUUCAUUUUUAUUUUAGAAUUUUUGAGAAAAAGCCACGACAUGUAUAUAUACCUCAAUGAUGGAUGAAAGCACGGCUUAAC